AUUUGAGACCUUUCGUCAUGACUGGUCGUCUCCUCCCUCUCUCCUUUCUCUUUCUCCAUAUCUUUUCUUCACUAUAAAUUUGGUUCAUUCUAAGUCUUUUCAAGUCCAAACAUUUCAUCACUUUUUUUCCAAUCUCUAAAUUCUCUGAAACUCUCUUUGAUUCUGUGUUUAAAUCUUUCCAGCAAUGAGGAAAGUGGUUAUGAAAUUGGAUGUUUCUGAAGAGAAAACUAAGCAAAAAGCUAUGAGUGUUGUGUCUAGCCUAUCAGGAGUGAACUCAAUCUCAAUGGACAUGAAAGAGAAGAAGCUGACAGUAACAGGGGAUGUAGAUCCAGUGGUGAUUGUGAGCAAACUAAGGAAAAUUUGUCAUACAGUGAUAGUUUCAGUUGGGCCAGAGAAAGAAGAGAAGAAACCAGAGCCAGCAAAGAAAGAACCACCAAAGAAGGACGAUCCAAAAAAGGCAGCUGAGGAAAAGAAGAAAGAAGAACAAAAACUUGCUGAGUUCAUCAAAGCUUGCGAAGCAUAUAAUAAUCUCCACUAUAAUCCAUCAAUUUUCUACCCUCCUAGAUGCAUUAGCAUUGAAGAAGAUCCAAAUGGUUGUGUUAUUUGUUAAAUCUCUCUCUCUUUCUCUCUCUAUAUAUAGGUCAUUUCGAAAGGGUAAUGAUGAGUUUGGAGGAAUUUUAUUCCUUUGCAAAGUUCUAAACCUAAGUUGAGAUUUCUCUUUCUUAAGUUCUUUUUCCUUUCCAUAUUGUGUGAUUUCAUGUACCUUUUUUUUUGUAUGGAAGAUUGCAAUUUGCUUCCUUCCAAACAUGUAGUGAAUAAUACACAUCCUACUCGAGUUUUUAAAUCUU